AAUAAUCCGAGUUCAAUGAGCCAUCACAAAAAAGGCCCAAAUGAUGUGGUGUGUCACAAGUGGAAGUGCCAAGACCGUUUCAUCUCAUCUGGACAGAUAAUACUGCUUCGGGAAUUGAACAAAAAUUUUUUCAGUGUGUCUGUUGGCUGUUGGCUAAUUGACACUUGGAAGUUGCCCGGCUGGUUUCUGCUCAGCGAUCUGCGAUCUGGGAUCGUCGUGCUGACCCCACUGCAGUCCGCAACUGGCGCUGAUCAAGAACGGAGGAUGAGGAUGAGUAGUCGGAGUGAGAUUCAGAGUCCCGGUUUCACACCCACCUGUGUGUAUCUGCAUCUCCUGGUGCUGCUUCCACUGCUGGCAGUUGAAGCCACGCCCGCUAUAAGUCCGCAGUCGCAGCGCGGCAUCAUCUUCCCCAAGGAGUCCUUCGAUGAGUGCCUCCUGGACGACGUGCUGAGGACGAAGGGCACUUGCAAGCGCAUGGAGGAGUGUCCCAGUGCCCUCAAGGGCUGGCUGGAGCGACGGGAGUCGCCCAAGACCUGCUACUUUGUGCGGUUCGAUCAUUUCGUGUGCUGCGAGCCGGACAGGGAGCUGCCGGAGAUCACCACCGGAGUGCCGCCCACGCCGCCCACGCCGCCCACGCUGCCCACGCUACCCACCACCCGGAAUCCCUUUAAAGCUCCCCUGGUCACGCGACCCAGUCUGCAGGCCUGCUACGAGAACAACAACGUCCAGCAGGUCAACGAGCGCGAUCUGACCUUCGUGGUCUCAGUUGUGGGCGGGAAACCCACCCGGUACCGGGAAUUCCCCUUCAUGGCGGCCCUCGGCUGGCGGUCCAAUUUCGAUCAGCGGAUAUACUAUCGCUGCGGCGGCGCCCUCAUCUCCAACAACUUUGUUUUGACGGCGGCCCACUGCGCCGACUUGGGAGGUGAACCGCCCAGUCAGGUUCGCCUUGGUGGCGACAAUCUGACCCUGUCCGAGGACGAGGAUAUGCCCAUCCGACGGGUGAUCGUGCACCCGGAGUACAAUGCCAGCACCGCCUACAACGACAUUGCCCUGCUGGAGCUGGAGACACCGGCCAAGCCGGCCUUUAAGCCCACCUGCAUUUGGGGCGAAAAGGAGGUGGCCAACUCGCUGGUCACGGCCAUCGGGUACGGACAGACCAGCUUCGCCGGCCUCUCCUCCGCCCAGCUGCUCAAGGUGCCGCUGAAGAGCGUCAGCAACGAGGAGUGCCAGGUGCACUACCAGGUGGAUCAGCUGGCCCAGGGCGUACUCGGCACCCAGAUGUGUGCCGGCGACAUUACCGGCGAACGGGACACGUGCCAGGGCGACUCCGGCGGACCCCUGCUCAUGCAGGACGGACCGCUGGGCUACAUUGUGGGCAUCACGUCGCUGGGACAGGGAUGCGCCAGUGGACCGCCCUCGGUGUACACCAGGGUGUCCAGCUUUAUCGACUGGAUCGAGGGCAUCGUGUGGCCGCAGGGAUUUCAGCCAACGCAGCACACUCCCAUCUCCACGACACCCAAUGCAAUGUCCAGGCUCGAUUUCGAUCUGCGGGCGGAUACCUGAGACCUUAGCUCGAUAACUAUAUAACCAAGACAGGAUACAGGAAGACAUUAAGAAGUUUCUACUUUAAUAAUUCUAUUUUUUUUGGAUUUUUUUCUUAAAAAAAAAAAGAAACUUGUAAGAAAAAGUUUUGCCC